AUGAACCACACCCGGCAACGAUUAAUACGUGAGCUGACUGUGACGGUCCGGACGGUCACCCAGCCAAGGCCGACGGUGCAGCUCCAGCGACAGCGGCAACAGAUCCGAUGCAGCAGCACAGACCGACCGAUCCGCCACACACACUCGACCGCUUCCUGUCCGCAUCUGGUCGAAGCGCUGAACGAUGCGGACGUUGCCCAGCCACAACCGACCAGCAGCACGCGCAACACAAUCCGGCUGGAAGAUGCGCGGCCCUACUCGGAAGUGCCCGGACCGAAACCGUUGCCAAUACUGGGCAACACCUGGCGCGUUUUCCCCAUCAUCGGCCAGUACAAGAUAUCGGAUGUGGCGAUGAUAUCGUUCCUGCUACACCGUGAUUACGGUCGCAUCGUGCGCCUCGGAGGAUUGAUCGGCCGUCCGGAUCUGCUGUUCGUGUACGACUGUGACGAAAUCGAGAAGGUGUACCGCAACGAGGGCCCAACACCGUUCCGACCAUCGAUGCCCAGCCUGGUGAAGUACAAGAGCGAGCUGCGGAAAGACUUCUUCGGCGAUCUUCCCGGUGUCGUUGGAGUUCACGGCGAACCGUGGCGCGAGUUUCGUUCACGCGUCCAAAAACCGGUCCUUCAGCUGUCAACCGUCCGCCGGUACGUGUCUCCUCUCGAGCAGGUGACAGAGGAGUUCAUCGACCGGUGUCAGCAGUUGCUAGACGAUCGGCAGGAGCUACCGGACGAUUUCGACAACGAGAUCCACAAAUGGUCACUCGAGUGUAUCGGCCUGGUGGCACUCGAUACCCGGCUCGGCUGCCUGGAACCGAACCUGGAUCCGAAAUCGGAACCGCAGCAGAUCAUCAAUGCGGCCAAGUAUGCGCUGCGGAACGUGGCUACGCUUGAGCUGAAGGCACCGUACUGGCGCUACUUCCCAACGCCCGUCUGGUAUAAGUAUGUCAGCAACAUGGACUACUUCGUGAAAAUUUGCAUGAAGUACAUCAAAAAUGCCACCCAGCGGAUGAAGAUGAACGAGGGCCGUGCCUUGGACGGAGAGCCUUCGUUGCUGGAACGUGUCAUCAAGAGUGAGAAGGACGAAAAGCUUGCCGUUGUAAUGGCGCUUGAUUUGAUUCUAGUUGGGAUUGAUACGAUUUCCAUGGCCGUCUGUUCGAUUCUGUACCAACUCGCGACACGGCCAGCGGAGCAGCAGAAACUGUACGAAGAACUGAAGCGACUCAUACCGGAUCCGAAGACACCGCUCACGAUCCAGCUGCUCGAUCAGGCCCACUACCUGAAGGCAUUUAUCAAGGAGGUGCUGCGGGUGUACAGUACCGUCAUUGGCAACGGGCGCACGCUCCAGGAGGACACCGUCAUCUGUGGCUACCGGAUUCCGAAGGGGGUGCAGUGUGUGUUUCCGAAUCUAGUCCUCGGCACGAUGGAAGAGUACGUGUCCGAUGCACAACGGUUCAAGCCGGAACGCUGGCUAAAGCCGGCCCAGGGUGGUUCCGGCGAUCAGCUACAUCCGUUCGCGUCGCUCCCGUACGGUUACGGGGCGCGCAUGUGUCUUGGCCGCCGGUUUGCCGACCUGGAGAUGCAAAUACUGCUGGCGAAGCUGUUGCGUUCGUUCAAGCUCGAGUACCACCACAAACCGUUGAACUACGAGGUGACGUUUAUGUACGCGCCCGAAGGUGCGCUGAAGUUUAAGAUGACACCGCGAGAAGAUUGA